GAGGACGCUCUUGCAGCGUUCGCCGCCAACCGGCUAGCCACGCUCUGGGAGUCCACGCUCGGCCUCCUCGAGCGCGGCAAGGCGGAGGACGACGCAGGAGCGGUCUCGGCAGCGACGCUGCUCUACUCCGAGGCCGUCGGCGGGCUCGAGGCCCUCCUCGAGCUCGAGACGUCUCCAACGCGCCUCGAGCUGCUCUCCGCACGCCACGCCGAGUACAGCCAGCGCCUGGCCGAGCUGCAGCGACUCGCGCUGCGGCAGGCAGCCACCUCGCCACCGCCUCCUGCUUCAGCACCGGCGACGGCCUCGCCACCGCCAGCUCGCGCUCCGUCCCCAGCCGCACCGCACGCCUCCAGCUCGCGCUCCGUCCCCAGCUCGGCGGCACAGCCGGCGGCGGGGCACACGAACGCCUCCAACCCGGCGGCGCAGACUUGGGCCGAGGCGAGCGCUGCUCUCCGCAUCGAGUCAGCUGCGGCGAAGCCGUCGGCGGCGCCACUGGCGUCGGCCAAGCUGCACACCGAGCUCGCCGUGCAGGCGGACGAGGCGGACGAGGCGGACGAGGCGCUCGAGCUGUACACGUCUGCGGCGGAGCACCUCCUCUCUGCCCUGAGGCUCGAGGAGGGAGGGCACGCGGCGGCAUCGAUCCGGCUCCGGCUCGGCGCAGUGAUGGACCGCGCCGAGCAGCUCAAGGGCGGAGGACGCGGGCCAGCCCCCGCCGGCCCGGCGCCGGCGUCAGCGCCGGCCGCCGCCAAGCCCGCCGCCAAGCCUGCCGCAAAGCCCGCCGCCAAGGGCGGCCUCUCCGACGAGGAGAAGAAGGUGCUCGCCCGCUCGUCUCGGAUCGGCAAGCUCGUCCACUACCCGUGGCUCGGCGACCAGGCCAGAGAGCGCUUCGCCUUCGGCGCGCCGUGGUGCGACCCGGACGGCCUGCUGCUGCUCAACGGCGAGCAGCGGGCGCACUUUGGGCGGUGGGCGCGCCCGUCCGAGUUCAUGCGCGGCGAGCCAAGGAUGAUCUACCUCGUGUCGCCGCUCACCAUCACGCAGACCAUCAUCACCGACUGCUCCUUCGUCUCGUCCCUCGUGAUCGCCGCGUCCUUCGAGCGCCGCUUCCGCACGCAGCUCGUCACGGCGAUCCUCUACCCGCAGGACCGCGCAGGCGUGCCCAUCUACAACCCGGCGGGCAAGUACAUGGUCCGCCUCAAGUUCAACGGAGUGAGCCGCCGCAUCCUCGUCGACGACAGGCUGCCGCUCGACCGGCACGGGCGGCCGAUGUGCUCGCACUCGUCCCACGCCGAGGAGCUCUGGGUGUCAAUCCUCGAGAAGGCGUACAUGAAGGUCAACGGAGGGUACGACUUCCCCGGCUCGAACUCGGGCAUCGACAUGCACGCCCUCACCGGCUGGGUGCCCGAGCAGCUGCGGACGGACAGCGGCGACUUCAAGCGCGACCGGCUGUGGCAGCGCAUGACGUCGGCGUCGAAGUUCGGCGACUGCCUCAUCACCGUCGCGACCGGGUCGAGGGGGGAGUCGGCCGCCGACGCGCUCGGCCUCGUGCCGACGCACGCGUACGCGGUGCUGCAGGUGCGCGCCGCGUGCGGCGUGCAGCUGCUGCAGCUCAAGAACCCGUGGGCGCGCAAGCGGUGGCGCGGCGCCUUCUCAGUCUUCGACCGACAGCGGUGGACGCCGGAGCUGCGCAAGGCGUUCGGCUUCGACCAGCAGGCGUCGCUGCAGCAGGACAACGGCAUCUUUUGGAUCGACUACGACUCGCUGCUCCGCCACUUCGAGGGCGUCUUCCUCAACUGGAACCCGCAGCUCUUCAAGCACCACACCGUGACGCACGGGCAGUGGCCGCCCCGCGCCGCCUUCCGCGACGACGCCGUCGACCUCGGCACCAACCCGCAGUACCAGCUCACAGUCAACGUGCCGCCCGCCGGCGCGGCGACGGCGGUCUGGGUCCUCCUCACCCGCCACUCCUCGCGGCCGUACAACCUCGCCAUGGCGGAGGGGCGGGACGCCUCUCGCGACGCCUUUCUGACCGUGCACGUCUUCCGCGGCGGCGCACGCGCCCACUACCUCGAGCGCUGCUGGAUGCAGGGAGUGUACUCCAACCGGCCGCACACGCUCGUCAAGUUCGACUUGCCCGCCGCGUCCGCGCCGCAGCAGCUCACCCUCGCCCUCGCCCAGUACAAGCCGACCGACUCGCAGGCCGGCCGCUCGCCGCGAGCGCCCUUCACCCUCCGCCCGAUCGCACCGCCCGAGCCGACCGCGUCGCGCCUCACCGGCGCGUGGAGCGGCCGCACCGCCGGCGGCUCCUCGAACCACGACUCGUACGUCGACAACCCCCGCUUCCUGCUCGAGCUCCCCUUCGCCGCCAGCCCGGUCCUCGAGCUCGCCGCCGUCGGGCUGCGCGGCGGAGGCGCAGACUUGGCUGACCCGGCCGCAGCUCGGACGCGCGACGCGCGCAAGUGGCCGCUCCGCUCGGGCGACUACCGACCUGGCGGCUGUCGGCUGGCGGCGGCCUCCCUCCCUGCGGGCCGCUGGCUCGUCGUGCCGUCCACCUUCACGCCGGGCACCGAGUGCGGCUUCGAGCUGCGCGCCUCGGCGGGCCGGCUGGCGGCGCUGCCCCACGAGGCGCACGGGCUGCAGCGGCAGGCGGUCCAGGGGGCGUGGGACCGGCAGAGCGCCGCCGGCUCUCCGAACCACGGCGCCUUUUGGAAGAACCCGCAGCUGCAGCUCGUCCUCUCGCGCCCCGCCGAGCUGCUGCUGCGCCUGCGCGCGCCCGGCACGAGAGAGGGCCGCUCGGCGGCGCCGCCCUCCCUGUGCGUCGCUCUCUUUGACGGCGGCGAGCAGCGGACAGAGGCCACGGGCCGCGGCCUCUCCCGCGCGCGCGCCGUGUCCGAGGGGGGGCUGUACGCCUACCCAGCGGGGGGCGCGUGCUUGCCGCGCACGCCACUCCCGGCGGGCAUGUAUGCGGUGCUGCUCUCGACGUUUGACCCGUACGUGGGGCCGUGGGAGCUUGUUAUGUACGCCACCGAGGGGACGCUGAGGUCGCUCGAGGGGCUCUACUGGCUGGCGGUGCUCAAGGGGAAGGCGUACACGCUGGCCGAGGACACGGUCGUCAACACUGACACCAUCCCCGCGGGCUAUCUCGUGGUCAAGGCGCAUUGGCUCAGGCUCGAGCAACGCGAGUGCGAGGGCAAGCUUCGCUCCUACACGCUGCUCGAGGCCGAGACGCUCAUCAUCGUGAAUCACAUGGUGCGGCUGGCGGGCUUGCGCUUCUCGCCCGGCCCGGGCGGCCCUGCGGACCGCCAGCUGAGGAGCGCGCGCGAGAAGCUCUUUUAUAUUGGCCUAUAG